AUGAGUCGCGCCCGCGUGUACUGUGACGUGAAUGAGACGCGCCCGCGCGAGUACUGGGAUUACGAGACGCUCAAUGUGGCCUGGGGGGACCAAGACAACUACGAGGUGAUCCGCAAGAUUGGCCGUGGCAAGUACAGCGAGGUGUUCGAGGGCUACAACGUGGCCAACAAUUCGCGCUGUGUCAUCAAAAUUCUCAAGCCUGUCAAGAAGAAAAAAAUUAAGCGUGAAAUCAAGAUCCUACAGAAUUUGUCGGGUGGCGUGAACAUCGUCCAGUUGCUGGAUGUGGUUCGUGACCCCCAGUCCAAGACCCCCAGUCUCGUGACGGAAUACGUGAACAACACGGACUUUAAGACGCUCUACCCCACUCUCAGCGACUUCGACAUCCGCUACUACUUGUUCGAGCUGCUGAAGGCUUUGGACUACUGCCACUCCAACGGCAUCAUGCAUCGUGACGUUAAACCUCACAACGUCAUGAUUGACCACGAGAAACGCCAGCUGCGUCUCAUCGAUUGGGGUCUCGCCGAGUUCUACCACCCAGGUCGCGAGUACAAUGUUCGUGUGGCUAGUCGUUACUUCAAGGGACCAGAACUUCUAGUGGACAUGCAGGAGUACGACUACUCGCUCGAUAUGUGGAGUCUGGGCUGCAUGUUUGCGGCCAUGAUCUUCCGCAAGGAGCCAUUUUUCCACGGACACGACAACUGCGACCAGUUGGUGAAGAUCGCAAAGGUGAAGGGCACGGACGAGCUGUUUGACUACCUGACGACAUACGACUUGGAGCUGGACCCACAGUACGAUGGGAUCCUGGGCACGCACACGAAGAAGCCGUGGGAGAAGUUUAUCACACAAGACAACAAGCACUUGGUGUCCCCUGAGGCUAUUGACUUCCUUGAUGGUCUGCUGCGUUACGACCACCAGGAGCGACUAACCGCAAAAGAGGCGAUGCAGCACGCGUUCUUCCAGCCUGUGCGUGAUGCAGCCGAGCAAAAGCUGCGUGGUGGCGCGCAUCACACCGACGAGAUCACCAGCGUAUCCGACUCGAGUGCGUAA